GAGGCGCCUCCCUCCCCGCUGCUGAUGUUGGGACCCGGGUAACGCGGGGAAACUCUGCUUAACCUCGCCUCGUGUGCCAGCCUUUUCUAGAAAGGUUCUGCAGGUCUGAUGAAACUGAUGGCGUCUGCACUUCGGCCUUGAGGGGCAUGCUUGCGGGACACGACACGGCAGGGAGAGCUGGAAACCUUCACACGGAGCCUGCGUUGGUACACCAUCCACCCCGGGACGGAUGCAGGGAGAGAGGUGAAGAGUCCCUAGCCUAACAGAACGCUUGCUGCCUGAUGACUUGCCUUCAACCAGGAGCGGCAGACAUUCACCAACAGCUGAUGGAUCGUUCCAGCCGGGACUUCUCAGCUGUCUCGUUGGAGGGGAAGGAGAAUUUGGAGACCCGGGUGCCGGGAGCGGCAGGGAACCCGUGCCCAGGACCUGACCGCGAUGGGCUGCGGGGAUGUAAGCUCCAAGACGCUCAGGCUCCAGUCAUGGACGGCGUCCGCAGAGAUGAAAUGUUGGGACAGCGGGGUGGCGAGAGCAGAUGCCCGGAACUUGGUGACCAGCAACAGCUCCACACGGGACAGUUGCGGGGAAGCAGUUGGCAAAGCACAGGGCAGGCAUACACCAAGGUGGGCACGCACCCGAUGGCAGAUGGGACCGAGCGAACAGAUGUGAGCACGGAUGAGGUGGUGGGCGAGGGGUUGCAGCACAUCCACAUCCAGCAGCACGGUGAACGGGAGUCCGUUCCUGCCACCUGCGGCUUCAGCUCUUCGCUCUGCUUCGCAGCGGACGGGAGUGAGCAGGAGGCAAUGGUGGAGGCGGAGGAUGGGGGAGAGCAGGUGGUGGACAGCCAGCGACAGAUUAACAACGGCGGGCUGCAGGGGGAGGGGGAGGCACCUCACUGGAGCCUGGAGCCGAGCGGAGGGCCAGGAGACACGACAGGCAGGGGCGGGAGCGCGCACCCCGAUCCCGAUCUGGUAAUUGAAGUGGCGGGCUGCCGGAUUCGGGCGCAUAAAGCGGUGCUGUGCGCGCGCAGCGAGUACUUCCGUGCGCGGCGCUCGCGGCAGGUGGUGCGUGUUCGUGGGGUGGGCCUGCCGGCCAUGCGUGCGCUUCUAGACCAUGCCUACGGUGCGCAACUGCGCGCACCCACGGUGGACGGCGGGGAGGACGUGGAUCCUGAGGGAGCUGCCGCGCUGUUAGCCGCCGCGCACACUCUGCAGAUGCCGGGGGCGGCGCGCGCCGCGGUGCGAGCGCUACGGGAGCAGCUGGGCGUGCGCACGUGCGGCCAGCUGCUGGCGCUAGCCAAGCGGCAGCGCGUCCCCGAAUUGGGCGAGCUCGCUCUCGGCUACAUGAGCGACCACUACCUGAAGGUACUGCGCGACCCCGCCGUCUACGGCCGCCUGAGCGCCGCUGAGCGCGAGCUGAUCGUAAAGCGCAGGGAGUCCAGUGGCACGGGAGCGUGCCGCCUGGUCGCAGCCGAGCUCAGUGACGUGUACGAACGUUCGGGAACGGGGAGUCGGCCGGCCAGCCGGGAGAGCAGCCGCCCGCAAAGUCCUUGCAGCCCGGAGCGCCCUCCCGAGCCGGUCGAGGGCGGGGACGCGGAGGCACGUUGGCUCUACACCCUGGAGGAAGACGCGUGUGAGUGGCGAAGGUUGAGCCGCGUGCCCGCGGAUGCGGCAUUUGGAGUGCGUGGGUCCGCCGUGUGCGCGCUCCAUAACUACCUCUUCCUGGCGGGCGGGACGCGGGGCCGUGGAUCAGGAGCGCGCCCCUCUGCUCGAGUUUUCACCUUCAACCCGGCCACUGGUGACUGGGCUGAGGUGCGGGCCAUGGGCCAGGCGCGCUCCCAAUUGGCACUGGUCGCCCUCGACGGGCUGCUAUACGCAGUCGGCGGCGAAUGCGUGCUCGGGGUCGAGCGCUACGACCCGCGCGCAGACCGUUGGCGUGCCGUUACCCCGCUGCCACGCGGCGCCUUCGCCGUGGGGCCCGAGGCGGUGGCGUGCGGUGGCCGCCUCUACCUGACUGGGGGCUCGCUGUCUGGCCGCCUGCUAACGUACGAGCCGCGGCGGGAUGAGUGGGAGGAGUGCCCGGGCAGUCCCGGGAUCGGGACGGGGGGCCGGGCGGCGGGUCUCCUCUACCGAUCCCCCUGGCUCUACCGUCUGGAGUUGGACCGCGAGCUGCGCGCCCUCGGCUUCCUGCGCUACAACACGGCGGCGCGCCUCUGGGACCGUCUGGGGUUGGGGUUGGCGCUGGCUCCGGGAUCCGCGUUCCCCACCCUCACCCAGCCCUUCCGCUGCGCGCUGCGCGGACCCAGCCUCUACUGCGUGGGUCGGGUGUCCGGGCUCCGGCUGCGGAUGCCGGGGGACCCAGGCGACGGCGCCGCGGCUCAGGACGGGGCUGAGCAGGGCUAUCGGGCCCUCCCCGGCUGCCCCCAGGCGCAGGGGCCACUCGCCCCUGUCUUUCUGACCGUACCCGAGAGGCCGCAGGAACGGCCGUGAGAUUGCGGGACUCCCUUACUCUCUCCACUUCUCCACUCCUCACCUUCCACAAUCCCUCCUACCCAUUUUCUUUUCUCUACACAUUUUCACCCGGUCUUCCUCCCUCCACGUCCACUCCCACCUAUUUUCCUGUCUCUUGGCCCCUCCUUCCCCUUUCCCCAUUUAGACCCCUUUGCCCCAUCUCUUGUCCCCAUGCUCUGAGACCUAGUAGACCUUUUCUUUCCAUGCACUGUCCUGUGGGAGAAAGUGGACCAAUGAAGGAGAUGGUCUGUCAGAGGAGUUACUGAUUAACUCGAUCUGAUCCAUGACAUUUCUCUGCCAUGCAGACGAUACCACAUCUGCAGCUCUCACUUGAGUGGGUUCUCAGUCAAGUAACUAAAGGGCAGAAGGAUUUUGUGCAGCACUGACAUCCAAGGCACACCUUCCCCAUUUGGGAUUUUCCUGGAAAAAAAACUAAGUGGUAGAGAUUUAAAACUGACAAGUGAGGCUUUUGUGGCAAACAAAGCAAAUUAACUCAUAUUGUGGGCAACUUGGUUACUGAAGAAGGAUGUGUAUGGCUUUAGUUUCUCUCUAGGGUUGCAGAUUCAAUGGUGCAUGUGGCAUGAAUAUUGUUAAUGUGUAAAAUAUGGUUGGCAUGGACUGGUGGGGUCAGAGGGCAAUGUCUUUGCUGUUUUGCUCUAUGACUCUAUUAUAGAUGGAUAAACCUCAAUUCCUUGACCCCAAACCCAACACAGUCAUGAGAGCCUCAAAGGUAAUGUCACAUCUUGUCUUCAGGAGGCCGCACUCCAAUUCCUCAAAUUCUCUCAAGCAGCUGCCACUACUUGUGCAGACCAUUGGGGGACCUUUCCAAGGAAGGGAACAGAGUUGUUCUCUUGAUAUAAAUGUCAGUCUGAUUAAAGGUUAGUUUUUAUUUGUCUCACACAUACCAAGCCUUCAAAUCAUUCAGUGAAAUGCGUCAUUUGUGUCAAAGGCCAAAGCAGUCUGAGGAUGUGGGGGCAGCCCGCAAGUGGGUCACCACACUUUCGGCACCAGUGUUGCAAGCCCACAAUUUACUGGCCUUAACGUGUUUAAGUUGAGCUGGACCCAUUUUCCUUCAUUGAUCCCAUAUCACUCUAAGACAUGCCUGUUUAAACAUUGUAAUUGUGCCCAUCUCUACUACUUCCUCUGUCACUUUGUUCCAUAUACCCAGCAACCUCCAUGAAGGAAAAAUUUGACCCUGAAGUCCCCUUUAAAAAUUUCCUUUCUCACCAGAAACUUACACUCUCUCAUUUUAGACUACCUUAUCUGGGGAACAAGAAUGUGAUCAUCCGUCUUAUGUAUGCCCCUCAUGGUUUUAUAAGCCCCCUCAGCCUCCUACACUCCAGAAAACGGUCUUAGCCUUUCCAGUCUCUCCUUAUCAGCCAAGCCUUCCAGUCCCGGUAACAUCCUUAUGCACACCUUUUCAUCUUUUCCACACGGUAACAUCUUUUCUGCACACCACCACUACCUCCACUCCCAGCUUACCAGCAUGGCGAAUACCAGGAAGCAUAAUUUUAAGUAGAUUGGAGGAAUGAAUAACAGGGAUGUCAGAAAAAGUUUUGAAUAUAGAUUGGUGGUAGAGACAGAUGCAUUAGAGACAAUUAAGAGACUCUUUGAUAGCCAAAUGGGUGAUAAAUGGUGAAGGGCUAAGUGUGAGGAAAGAGUUAUUUUGAUCUUGGAGUAGGUUAAAAUGUCAGCACAACAUUUUGGGCCUAUAGAAAGGAUAGAACAUAGAACUUUCAGUGUUGGCAAGGAGACAUUACUGUGCUGAAAUGUUCUAUGUUCUGUCCUUGCUGUAGCUGGGAGACCAGAACUGGACACAGUAUUCUAAGUUUGAUUAUUGAUUUCACUUAAGAUGUCAAGGUUUCCUUCUUGCCUUAAUCUUCUAAUAUAGUGAUUAUUUUGUAUUCAUUCUCAGUUAUUGCAGGCAAAUUUGUAUUUUGGUUCGGUGGAAAACAGAUAUCCUAAUGUUUUGUGCUUUCUUCUCCAUUUCACAAGCUUCUCAAAGACUUCACCAUUCGUUGAUCCACUGAGUCAAUGUAGAAUCUACCUCUCUGGUGUUGCAAACUCAUAACUGGUAGAUCUUUAUCUUAAUCUGCAUCUGAAGUUACAAGUACAAAAUGCUGGAGGAACUCUGCAGGUCAGGCUGCUUCUAUGGAAUGAGUAAACAGUUCAUUUUUUUGGUCCGAGAACCUUCUUCAGGACUGAAGAGAAAGGAGGAAGACACCAGAAUAAAAGGGUGGAGGGGGGUGAGGGAGGAGGCUAGCUAGAAAAUGAUAGGUGAAGCCAGGUGGGUGGGAAAGGUAAAGGGCUGGAGAAGGAAUCAGGAGAGUGGACCAUAGGAGAAAGGGUAGGAGGACAGGAUCCAGGGAGAAGUGAUAGAUAGGUUAGAAGAGGUAGAAGGCUACAGUAGGGACCAGAAGGAGAAGGGAGGAGAGAGGAAAGGGAAGUUUUGUUUUAUUGGAAGAGGAAAUCGAUAUUCAUGCCAUCUGGUUGGAGGCUACCCAGAUGGAAUAUAAGGUGUUGCUCCUCUGCCCCAACAGUAGCUCCCUCAUGGCACAAGAGGCAGCUAUUGACCAACGCCCAGUCAUGAAUGGGAAUCAGAAUUGAAAUGUUUGGUCACAGAGAAGUUCCACUUUUAGUGGGGUGAAGCAGAGAUGCUCAACGAAGCAGUUCUCCCAAUUCACGACAGGUCUCACCAAUAUAGAGGAGGCCGCAUUGUGCGCACUGGACACAACAGAUUUACAGAUGAAAUGUUGCCUUACCUGGAAGGACAGUUUGGAGCCCUGAUUGGAGGUGAAUGGGCAGGUGUAGCACUUAGGCCACUUGCAAGGAUAAGUUCCAGGAAGGAAGGGGGGGACAAAUGGACAAGAUAAUUGUGGAGGGUGUGAUUCCUCAGCAGAGUGGGGCAUGGAGGUAAAGGUAUGUGUAGUGGUAGGAUCCCUUUGGAGAUGGCAGAAGUUGUGGAGGCUGAUGUGUUAGUUUCGGACCAUCACGGGGACAAGGAAUUAUGGAAUUAUCACUGUUAAGAAGCUGGGAAGAUGGGGUGAGUGUGGAUGUUCAGGAGAUGGAGGAGAUGCAACAGAGGUGAAGGAACUGAGAAACUGACUAGCAUUUUAAUAGGACAUAGGGUGGGAAGGAGUCAUCCAUUUAUAACAGAAAUGAGGAGGAAUUUCUUUAGCCAGAAUCUGGAAUUCAUUACCACGGGUGGCUGUGGAGGGCAAGUCAUUAGGUAUAUUUAAAGUGGAGAUUGAAAGGUUUUUGAAUAGUCAGUAUGUCAAAAGUUAUGAGGAGAAGGCAGGAGAACUGGGUUGAGAGGGAUAAUAAAACAGCCUUGAUCAAAUGGCUGAGCAGACUUGAUGGGCUGGAUGGCCAAAUUGUGCUCCUAUGUCUUAGCCUCCUGAGAAGUUUCAAUCUGGGUAUGAAGUUUCCUGACAUAAGCGAUGUGGCUGGGUGAUGCAUUAUUUCAUCCCCACCUGUACGUUUCAGCUGGGGGAAAGGAAGCAUGGGCCCAGCUUUCUGGAGGUGUCCAAUUGUAACAGUUCCUUCAUAACAGAAGUGAAUGAUGAAUCAAACAUCCGUGGCUGAGGUUUGAGAAAGGAGCAGAGUUUCUGGAGAGGAAGAGGUAGAAACCUACAGUUAAGUUGUGUGUGGUGGGAAAAAUGGCAAAUGUUGAUUGGAAGGCAAGAGAAGAAAACGUUACAAGAAUCUCAAAGGUCCAAAUUGGUGCAUUGAUGUUCAUUUGUUUUAAUAGCAACAUGGUGAUUGACUUGCUACUGUUUGGUUACCUGGUUAGCUUGCUGUUCGUAAAUCUUGUCAUUACAUUUGUUCCCCAACUUUGUAGAUUUAGAAAUGUUAUACGUCAGUAGUUCAGAUUCAUUUGUUUAUCACUUGUACACUGAGACAUACAGAGAAAUGUGUCAUUUGCAUUGACGGCCAACAUGACCCAAGGAUGUGGUGGGGGCAGCCUGCAAUGCCACCCCAGAUUCCGGUGCCUACAUAGCAUGCCCACCAUGUUCAGUAGAACUACACAAGCAACAACAGGAACAAAACAAAAAACAACUGCAGUAAAACAAACGAGAUAAUCUGCAGAUGCUGGAAAUCCAAGUAACACCCACAAAAUGCUGGAGGAUUUACAGGCCAGGCAGUAUCUAUGGAAAAGAGUACAGUUGACGUGUCAGGGGGAGACACUUCAGCCGAUUUUCUCCAGCAUUUUGUAUGUGUUGCAAUAAAACAAGCCGCUUUUUCCCUUCUCCUCCCAUCACAAAAAAAAAAUGGCAAUGUUAAGAUGAACAUCGUGUGCAACUGUUGCAGUACACUUAAUUUAAGUAGACCUUCACACUACCGCCCAGGAAUCAGGCGGUCACAAGCAAAGGCUCGGGGUUGGUGACUGAAUGUAGAUUUUAGACCAUAAGACAACCACACAUGCAGGAGUAGAAUUAGGCCAUUUUGACAAGACUUCUGAAGAACAGGAGAGUGAACAAAUUGGGGGGAGGGGCUAUUCAAAGAACCAGGAUAGGGAACUAAAACAGCAGAAUCCUCUACUGCUUAAAGUAAGGCUAUUCUUCAAUUCAUGUUCACCACAGUAGAAGACUUGUUGCACAACAAAAGCCUAACAGUUUCAUGGGAAAAAUCCUAUAUCCUUCCUGUUAUUUUACAAUAUCUCUUGCAAGUCUGCUGAACUACUUCCUCUACCAAAUCAAAAAGAGGUACUGUUCUGCAGUGUAGAAUUUUGCAGCGUAAACAGGCAUUUGUACUGGACAUUUUCAUGGGUCAAAAAUACUUAGAAACUUUGAUACUCAGAUUUAUUUUAAUCACUAUUUACUCAUUUCCCAGUUUAAGGCUCGUCAUAGACAGCUGGCUCAGACAUUAUGGCUUGUAUGUUUUGAUCUUUUCUGCAACCACUCCAUUUAAUGGCCUUCAUUCAAAAUACCUUGACAAUCCGUUCCGAUCUUCAUCCUUUAGUUAUUGUUUUACCAAUCACAAUGAAACAGUUGAUGCUGUGUACUCUCUACAAUGCUGUGUUCAUUGCUGACAAAAGCCCAGAGUACGGCACCAGCAAGUGGCAAUACAAAUCCGUGAUUGUCCUUUCCGGCCAGUCUGCUGGCUGGAAAACUUGUAGAUGUGGCAGUGUUGUCGGUAUCGUUCAGCAAUGCUUUUAUAUAUUACAUAUUCAAGGGAAGCCUUAGUUACAUACAGAUGUUACCAACAUUAGAAUAUUGUGUUCAAUGAUGUGGAGCGUGCUGAAGAGGUUCACCAGGAUGCUGCCUGGAUUAGAGGGCAUGAGCUAUAAAGAUAGAUCAGUCAAACUUGAGUGUGUGUUCCAGAGGCAGAGUUCAGACCUGAUAGAGAAUUAUAAAAUUAUGAGAGGUUUAGAUGGGGUAGACAGAAUCUCUUUCCCAGGGUAGAGGACAUACAGUUAACAUAGACCAUAGAAAUCUACAGCACAUUACAGGCCCUUUGGCCCACAGUGUUGUGCCAAUCAUGCAACCAGCUCUAGAAAUUGCCUAGAAAUACUGUACCGCAUAGCCCUCCAUGAUGGGAGAGGGAAGGUUUAAGGGAGAUGGACAGGGCACGUUUAUAUUUACACACAAUAGUAAGUGCUUCGAACAGGCUACCAGGGGCAAUAGUGGAACCAGAAACGAUAGUGCUGUUUAGGAGGAUUUUAAACUGACAUCAUGCAGGGAUUUGGAUCAUGUACAGAGAGAAGGAAUUUAGUUUAAUUUGACUGUGGUUAGCACAGACAUUGUGGGCCGAAGAGCCUAUUCCUGUGCUCUACUGUUCUGUGUAGCUAUUGCUUGUGGGUGUCAAAGUUUUGCAUUAAUCAUUACUUGAAUAAGCGAUGUCUGUGUGGAACACAAUGGGAUAAAUUACAUACAAUCCUACUGUAGUUCCUACAAGCCAUUAGAACCAUACCAAUAUGGUACCCAUUAUUAGGAUCUAGUGCUUUCUUAAGGUAUAUGACAAAUAAACUUUCUUGGGCUUCCAGCUGGAUACAGAUAUUGAUUUUAAUCAAUGUUUCAAUAACAAACUCUGCUAUCUUCAUCAGGGAUGCCAGCUUCACCUCUGCUGAAGAUGGCAGUUUGUCAUCAAAGCGUAGGUUAAAAUCAAUAUCUGUUACCCAGCUGGAAGCCCGAGAAGAGUUUAUUCAAACCCAAUUUUGAUUGUUCUGACAUCUCUAUUUUUCCACUUUGCUAAUAAUAAGGGCUUUCCAGCCAACAUGUUCUCCCCAGUCACAUCAGAAUUUAAUGGAAAACAUCUGCCAAUUCUACUCUGUGUCUGUUGUCAAUUGACUAACCACAGCCACUGCCUCCUCUUGCCCACACUACACCAGAAUAUGCGGAUCCUGGAUCGGCCUCUACAGUCACCUGAGAACUCACCAAUGGACAACCCCUUAGCAGAGCAUCACACUCAGCUCAAGUAAUCGCACUGCUACUAUUUUCCAGUUUCCCUUCAUGUACAGGUCCUCCCCAGGUUGAGGCAACACUUUGUUCCUGUCAGCUGUUUGUAUCCCAGACAGUUUGCAAGUCAGAAGCACAGCCGUGAGCUGAGUUCCCACCUGGUAGAAGAUGGCAGUCCCAAAGUAGCUGGCAAACACCAUCCAACCCACUCUGCCAGAUACUCCUCAUACACAUCAGGCAUUUUUAUACCGGAGAGAACUACGAUCCCAUUUUCACAUUCACAACCACCUAAACAGGAUUUUAAGCUUUGUAUUUUGAAAGUUAAAGUAUUUUAAUGUUUUGCCUCAACAAUCUGUUUCUCAAUGGUCAAACACGAGGAAAUCUGCAGAUGCUGCAAAUUCAAGCAACACACACAAAAUGCUGGUGGAACACAGCAGGCCAGGCAGCAUUUAU